UCCGACCGUGAAGAAGGAGCCGGCGCGUUCGGGCAGGAGGGUCGCUCCUCGAGCUUGGUUGCCGGGAGACUUUACCUGCUCUUCCCCGUCCGCCGCCUCUUUUCCUCUACGCCGGACAGUUGUCGCCAGCUUCCCGGAAGAUAGGGCGCUCCGCUUUUAGCCGCCGCGGUCGGACCCCCCUUUCCUGCAUUGUAGCUUAAGGAGCUGUUGCCAGCCAUUUCUGCUCCUUCCGGAGCUGUUUCGAAGAGCUUCGUGAUUUCUCUUGAGCGUUUCUCUCGGCCCCGGGGCUACAGUGGGUGGUUUCCCUUCUCACCUUCCCCGCACGAAGUAGCGUUCCUACCAGUCUAAACGCCGGCAGCGCUGCGCGUCUUCUUUCCUUGCCCCUAAACCUGUGCACAGAUGGGACAUAGCUCUCCAGGGAGAACAUGAGGAGAAGUUUAGCUCCCAGCCAGCUGGCCAAGAGAAAAACUGGAGGUGAUGGCUCUGGAGAAGAUGAGGACUGGUAUCCUGAAGCAACUCCAAAGAGGCAGAAGCAUAACAGUAAGACUGAUGUCCAGGAGUGUUAUCUAUCUCCCUUCCGAAAACCUUUGGCUCAGCUAACCAAUCGAGCUCACUGCCUUGAUGGCAGCAAACAUGAAGCCUUUAUCCGCAGCAUUUUAUCAAAACCUUUCAAGGUUCCUAUUCCAAAUUAUACAGGCUCCCUGGGAUUGAGAGCAUUGGGCAUCAAACGUGCAGGAGUUAGGCAUGCUCUCCAUGACCCUUUUGAAGAAGGGGCUCUGGUACUAUAUGAACCACCACCUUUGAGUGCUCAUGAUCAAUUGAAAGUGGACAAGGAUAAAAUGCCUGUUCAUGUUGUGGUAGAUCCUUGUCUUAGCCGUAUUUUACGACCUCAUCAGAGAGAGGGAGUGAAGUUCCUGUGGGAAUGUGUUACAAGCCGUCGGAUCCCCGGAAGUCAUGGCUGCAUCAUGGCAGAUGAGAUGGGUCUAGGAAAGACCUUGCAGUGUAUCUCUUUGAUUUGGACACUUUUGCGCCAAAGUCCAGACUGUAAACCUGAAAUUGACAAGGCAAUUGUGGUUGCGCCUUCAAGUCUGGUGAAAAACUGGUACAAUGAAGUGAUUAAAUGGCUUGGAGGAAGAAUCCAGCCGCUGGCUAUUGAUGGAGGCUCUAAAGAGGACAUAGAUAAUAAGCUAGUUGGAUUCAUGAACCAGCGAGGCCUUAGAAUCCCAUCCCCCAUCCUGAUAAUUUCCUAUGAAACAUUCCGUCUCCAUGCAGAAGCUCUCAAGAAAGGAAGUGUUGGGUUGGUCAUAUGUGAUGAGGGGCACCGGCUGAAGAACUCAGAUAACCAAACGUACCAGGCUCUCAACAGUUUGAACACGCCACGUCGGGUGCUCAUCUCUGGCACUCCCAUUCAAAACGAUCUCCUUGAAUAUUUCAGUCUAGUACAUUUUGUCAACUCAGGCAUUCUGGGGACAGCCCAGGAGUUUAAAAAGCACUUUGAAGUUCCCAUUUUGAAAGGCAGGGAUGCAGAUGCAAGUGAAGCUGGAAGGCAGAAAGGAGAGGAGAGACUGAAAGAGCUGAUCAGUAUUGUCAACAGAUGUCUAAUAAGGCGAACCUCAGAUAUUCUCUCCAAAUACUUGCCAGUGAAAAUUGAGCAGGUGGUGUGCUGCAGGUUGACGCCCCUUCAAGCAGAGCUAUACAAAUACUUUCUGAUGCAAGCAAAGCCUGCAGAAGAUCUGAAAGAGGGGAAGAUGAGUGUUUCUUCUCUCUCUUCAAUCACAUCUCUGAAGAAGCUCUGUAAUCACCCUGCCUUGAUUUACGAAAAGUGUGUAGAAGAGGAAGAAGGGUUUGUGGGGGCCCUACAGUUGUUUCCAUCUGGCUACAGUAUUAAGUCUUUAGAACCUCAGCUCUCAGGAAAGAUGCUGGUUUUGGACUACAUUCUGGCAGUUACUAGGAGCACCAGUAAUGAUAAAGUAGUCCUGGUAUCCAAUUACACACAGACACUUGACCUUUUUGAGAAACUCUGCAGAAGUAGGAGGUAUUUGUAUGUCCGUCUGGAUGGUACCAUGUCCAUUAAAAAGAGAGCAAAGAUAGUGGAGCGUUUCAACAAUCUUUCUAGUCCUGAAUUCAUUUUCAUGCUGAGUAGCAAAGCUGGGGGCUGUGGCUUAAAUCUGAUUGGAGCAAACAGACUUGUGAUGUUUGAUCCUGACUGGAAUCCAGCCAAUGAUGAACAAGCUAUGGCCCGAGUGUGGAGAGAUGGCCAAAAGAAAACCUGCUAUAUCUAUCGAUUACUUUCAACAGGGACAAUUGAAGAAAAGAUCUUCCAGCGGCAGACGCACAAGAAGGCGCUUAGUAGCUGUGUAGUAGAUGAAGAACAGGAUGUGGAAAGACAUUUCUCUCUGGGGGAGCUGAAAGAACUAUUCACACUCAAUGAGACCACCACAAGUGAUACCCAUGACAAGAUCAAAUGUCGUCGCUGUGUGAAUGGCCAUCAAGUCAGGCCUCCUCCAGAGGGAUCUGACUGCACUUCUGAUUUAUCUCAGUGGCAUCACUGUGCUGAAAAACGUGGCCUCAAGGACACUGUCCUCAAGACUGCCUGGGAUGGUGCAGUCACUUUCACCUUCUAUCAUCAAUCUCAUGAGGAGCAACGAGGGAUACCAUAACCAUUGGAUCAAAUUUCUGGAAUUUAAGUCAUUCUUAAAAAAAAGCAAGUAUUUGAUACGUCUACAUCAGCAACAUUAGGAUUAGAUGUUUUCUUCAUCUCAUCUGUAUUUAUAGGCUAUCUUUACAAAUACUUUGCUGAAAUAUUUGGUUACAAGCAACCAAAUACUGGUUUUAUAAACUUUUUCUGAAAAUGUAUGUUUGGGCUUUUACUGUCAAUCUGCUAAAUGUGUAUAGAAUAUUCUGGUAGCACCUAUACUAAAGUUGGAAGUAAUCUUUCAGCUCUAGAAUGCCACAUAGUCUACAUAGGUAUCAUGAAGUCAGAUGGCUGAAUUAUUAUAUUUAACCACAAACCAUUCUUGUUAAUAAAUGUCACUUUCAGAUAAUAAGUUGAAAGAUGAAUCACUAUCACAUAGAAUUCUGACAGUCUUUUUAAAAUGUAUUUGUUGGAGUGGAUUAAUAUUGCAUCAUCUGGUUUUAAAUCUGUUACAGGAGAAAUUUUUAGAUCAGAAUCAUCUUCAAUUAUAAAAUUAAAAAUUGUGAUGUGUUUUUACAACAAAUUAAUAAGUAAAAUAAAGAGAAAGAUGGAGUACUGUCCCAGCUGGGUAUAUACCACAAGGAGCAAUAACUGUAUUUCAUAUGUCAGUAUUUAUGUGAGAUGAAAGCAACAAAAGGUGUAUGUGUGUGUAUAAAAUGGUUUUUGCUCUAACAUAAUAGUAGCUUAUGCUAGACUAAGAAGGUCUUCAUUUUACAAAGGCAGGAAAACAUUGGCUUUAUUUAACUAUUUUCAUACAUUGAUGAAGAAUGAUAAAUGUUUGUGAAACCUUGUUUGUAUAGGAAGACUAAUGGCCAAGAAAAGAAUCCCAAAGGAUUGGGUUUAUUUCUGAUGUUAGAAUGGGCCCUCUGAAUUACUUAUGUUGAAAAAUUAAAAAUCUUUAUGAGGAGAUGCAUGAAAUGCUAUUUUCUAGGAUACUGAUUAAAAAAGGAUAUUCAGGUUUCUCAACCCAAAUUGUUUUUACAAUAAUAUGCAGUUAAUUCAAAUCAUAAGAUUAUGAUUAUAAUACUUUUUAUUUCAACGAGGCCUGCAUAAGUAGAAAA